GAAGAAAUCUUUUAGUUAAGGGAGACAACCACUUUCUAUGAAGAAAGUAAAAGAAAGUUACAGCAGGAUCGCCACUGGCUUCUAUUCUGAGCCAUAUCUAAUAACGUCUCCAGCCACAGUGUUGUACCAUCUCUCGGACCCCAACCAGGGGGUCGUGAAGGACCAACACAAGCCAGUCCUUUGCUGUUUCCUUUCAUGCCACGACACCAUGUCAUGCACUGACCAACUCUCCGCUUUUUCCAAACAGUCCCAGAGUCGGCAAAUAAUGCACGACGUGGAAUUCUCUGGGACGACAUUCGGAGAACAUGUCCAAGCCACCGAAGUCAGUGUUUCAAGAUGGUGACAUCGAUUGCAUUAUCAUCUCUGUGCCCGAACACACGAUGCCGAACCUCUGCAUUACUGACAUGGUGUUGCCACUGGAUGUCAGCAAUCCUUCGGAGACAGCAAUGAUCGAACACAGAGUCGUCUAACGUCUUCAACUCGGAGAGACCAGGUUUCACAAGCAUAGAGCAAAACUGCUCUCACCGACACGUUGUAGUUCCGACCUUUUACAGCCAGACUAACAUCACGAAGGCGCCAAAGAUGGCCCAGAUUGGCAUAAGCCGCUCUGGCUUUCACUAUACGUGCAUUGAUCUCAUCACUCACACCCCCACCAGCACUUAUGCUGCUACCUAGAUACACGAACUUCUCGACUACGUCUAUCUGCUCACCAUCCAGGGUGAGAACAUGAUUAGAAUCCUGCCAGUCUUGUAGAAGUACUUUGCACUUCGAAGGUGCAAGCACAUACCAUACCUACGGACACUGAUCGCCAACUGAUUAAGUGCGGAUUGCAUGCCUUGGGCACUAUCGCACAGUAAGACAAUAUCAUCCGCAUACUCAAGGUCGAGAAGUCUUUCUCCAGGCGACGGAUCCACACCACCAUUACUUACAUCCAUCAGAGCUGUUUCCAGAAUGUCACUGAUGGCAAAAUCAAAGAGGAAUGGUGAGAUUGGGCAACCCUGUCUAACCCCACUGCUCGAAUAGAACAAUGGAGAAAGGUGGUUGUAUGCCCUCACUCUGCUUGAGGUGUUUGUAUAUAGGGCUUUUAGGAUGUUAAUAAACUUCUUAGGCACACCCUUCUUCAAUAGACAAUCCCAGAGAACAGUCCUGUCCAACGAAUCGAAGGCAGCCCUAAUGUCAUGAAACACUACGAUUGUUGGCCUUUGAUAAAUAUGACGGUAUUCUAACAUUUGACGGAGUGUGAAGAUAUGAUCAAUACAUCCUCGACCAGAACGAAACAGCCUGCUCCUCGCGAGUCAAUCUUUCUCGGGUUUUGAGCAAUCUACGAAGUUUGACGGAAGCCGACAGUUUGAACGCAAUCGGAAGUAGACUUAUCCCCCGAUAGUUGUUACAGAGACGAUGUGAACCUUUUUAAAAGAUAGGGACAACUAUCGACUGAUUCCAUGAUGCUGGUACACUCUUUAGCUCCCAGAUUUUUGUAAACGUCGUCAGUUUCUUAGCCAGAAAGUCACCACUAUGUUUAAAAAGAGCCGGAGGUAAAUCAUCUUGGCCAGGUGAUUUGUAACGCUUCAAGAGUUGGAGUUCCUUGCGGACUUUCGCCUCAUUUGAUGGAUCAGUCGUCACCGGCCAUGGAAGGCAGGACAGUUCGACCGAUGUUACCGGAGCAGUAGGCCAGUUGAACUGCCCUUCGAAAAAUUCUGCCCAUCGUCCAAGACGUCGAUGGAUGUUAGUGAUUGGCAUCCCAUCAUCCUCGCAGAUUGUUUCGCUCACACCAGACUUCUUGCUGCCAGUGGCUCGGAUGAGUUGGAAGAGCUUCCGGUAGUUACCGGAUGCAGCUGCUGCUUCCAGCUCAUUAGCACGCUUCGACCACCGGGCUUCUCGGUCCUUACGCAAGCUGUGCCCAAUUUCACUACGUAACAUCCUUUGUUUGUGGUCAAACUCACAGUCACCCGGAGUAGACCGACGGGCUUCAAUGAGUUGUAAGGAACCAGAAGAAACCCAGUGCUUAUAAGCGGGACGUUUCGCGAACCCACAACUGACUGUGUCGAAAAUUGCCUAUAAAUACCUGUACCCUUUUGAUGGUGGUUGUAAUAGUUCUCGGAGCCUAAGCUCUGUACAGUAGAACUGUCUUGACGUUCGUUUUGAAGAUUCUGACUUUGAUAUUGGUUUAUAGACAGUUGUUUUGAGUCCCAUAUGUUUUUCAAAUGUAGGAAUGCUGUCCUUGCUUUGCCAAUCCUCGCCUUUACAUCUGCAUCAGGUCCUCCUUGUUCGCCGAUGAGCCUUGUUUGACUCCGGUCCUUACUUGGAAUGCGUCUGUCAGCUGUUCUACAUGCACCACUUUGCACUGUAGUCCGUCGUAUGAAUUCCGUAUGAUGUUGACGAUGUUCUUAGGUACUCAUUCCAUAGUGCCGAAGAAGUUUCCAUAAAGUCCUCCUGCAUACACUGCCGAAUACUUUCUCGUAGUCAAGGAAGUUGAUGUAUAGUGACGAGUUCCAUUUAAUCGAUUGCUAAACAAUGAUCCUGGUGUCGCGAUUUGGUCUGUGCACGACCGAUCCCUACUAAAUCAGGUCUGUUGGUCUUGAAGCUGAACGUUUACUGAACUUUCCAUCCAGUCCAAUAACACUUUUUUGAAACUUUUCCUGGUACGGAUAGUAGUGUGAUGCCCCUGUAGCUCUCACACUUGCUCAGAUCUUUUUGUGAUAUCUUGAUGAAAUAUCCUUCUUUCUAGUCUAUCUGCGGCACUUGUUCUUCCCCGAGAUCUUCCUGAAUAGAACGUGGACUAUGUUUGAAGUUACUUCUAUGUCUGACUGCAGUAGCAGCAGACAACUGUUAAGACUUGUCAAGGACACAGGUAUUAUGAAUCCAACUUUUAGCGAAACUAUCUCGGGAAAAGAUGGACAUAUCAUUCACUCUCAAUCCAGGAGAUUGGAUCGAUGGGCGGAACACUUUAGGGAUCAUUUCAACUGGCCUUCAGCCACACUUCGGUUCCCCUCAAUCUACAUUAGACCUGAAUGGCAUGUUGAUGUAGGUCCUCCAACACUUAACGAAGUUGAAAAAGCUAUAGGAAAUCUGAAGCGAGGGAGAGCAGCAGUCCCUGACAGGUUUACCUCUGAGGUUUUUAAGGAUGGCAGUCCAGUAUUGGCAGUGAGAUUGACUAAGGUCUUAGGUAGAAUCUGGGAACUGGACGUAAUCCCGUCUGAUUGGUCUCAAUCACUGAUUGUGUCAGUCUAUAAGAAGGCACAAAAGUCCUCUUGUAACAGUCACAGAGGGAUCAGUCUGACUAAUGCAGUGUAUAAAAUAUUAGCUUUAAUAAUACUUCGACGCCUAACUAAAGCUCGUGCAGAGCAGACUAGAGAAAACCAGGCUAGUUUCCGACUUGGACGUGGCUGUAUAGACCAGAUAAUCCCAAUUCGUCAGGUCCUAGAACAUAGACGAACAUUCAGACGUUCCACAAUAGUAGUAUUUUUCGACUUAAGGCGACGUUUGACUCUGUUACUCCGACAAGCGAUGUUUUAUGGUGUAGGAGUAGGAUGGAAGAAAGCGAGGGGCGACCAGACCAAAACAUGUCACAAAUACGUGAAUUGAACUAAACAUCGGUUUUCAGUAAUAAAUAUUAUAGGUUGAAGGUUGAUUUGGCUGUAGCAAUUCUUACACUAAGUAUUUCUGUUAAGCUUUAGUUUCUUCUCAAAAGGUCCAUUGAGGAAACUGAUAUGACUUGUCCGGAUAGAGGAUCUUGUCGAUGACCACUGAGAAAAUAGAAUCCUAUCUUGAGUGUGUUUAAUUGUGAGUCUUUUUAUCUUUUGUGAAGGCAUCGAGGAUGGUUAGUCUUCAAGCUAACAAGAAGGUAGACAUGUCAGCACAUAACUGAUCGUUAAGGGUACGAAAUUCCAAUGUAACCUGGCCGCACAUUUGAUUAUAAGGUAGAGAAUUUAAGUGUUGUAAUUUCUUAUGAUGCGAGAAACUGGUCAGGACAUUUACUGUGUUAUUACUUACUUGUCAGACACGCUCGAGAGUGUCAGUAUCUUUAAAAAGACAUGGAUUAGCUGCGUGGAUGCAGUAUUUUAGGUGAAGUGUCAGGUGAAUGGGGUAUGAAAUCUGAAAUAUAUUUUCGUCAAGGAAUCUAAAGAUUUUGCGAAGUGACCAUACUACGCAGCACCAUUUAGCAGCUGUUGCAUUGUAGUGUGAGGUCUUUUUCAAGUCACGACUUAAAGUUUCUAGGUGUUCUUAAUCUUGUGAGAGUGGCGUUCCAUUUGUCAUGUAAUUCUGGUCGUUGUUGUUGUUGUUGUGGCUGAUGUGCACUCGGUCACUUUCUGAUAUUGGUCUUCCAAUCCAAACUUUGCGAGCACCUAGCUCAUUCAUUUGAACCAGCUUACUCUCGAGCUUAGUAUUAUCACUACUUAUUAUUCUCCAGACUUUUAUAUCAUCUAGAAAGUAUACUGCGGUCAUCCCACUGAACACAUUUGAUCACGGAACUGAAUUAACAUCGUAUGGAUUAUUCAGAUCGACAAGAUCCUCUAUCCGGACAAGUCAUAUCAGUUUCCUCAAUGGACCUUUUGAGAAGAAACUAAAGCUUAACAGAAAUACUUAGUGUAAGAAUUGCUACAGCCAAAUCAACCUUCAACCUAUAAUAUUUAUUACUGAAAACUGAUGUUUAAUUAAACUGACAACACUAAAUCGAUUUCCCAAAUGUAGUCUGAGUAAAAGGAAGCUAAAAAUGCUUCCAAGCUACCCACAAUAUUCUUUGUAUAAAUACAACGUCAAAUAAAAGUGUUGUUUCAGUUCCUAGAUUAUACACUAUACUCAGGCAUAGUAAUAAAAGUAAACGCCAUAUUAAUUACUUUAAGGGAGAGAAAUAACUUGGUUAUGCGCUGUGGAUUCGAAAUAUUAUAAACCUGAUGGGUAAACAAUUCUUAGUUUUACUCUGAAUGCAUGGUGUAGUAUCAAUGUACCAAGUAUGUUUUUGGUUGUGUAACUGAUAUGAGGUUGUCGUAUGGAAAAGACCUUUCGGACGUUAGCCCAACUAGCUUUGAAGUCUAGCUUAUGAAGAUUAUUUAUUCUUGCUUAUGAUCAGGCACCUCAAUCUGUUUUUGAUCAGUAUUACGUUUAAAAAACCAAGAUUGUCUGCUAACCAUCCAGAUGGAUUUGUUACGAAAAUUAGGUUGUUAAUAGGUAUUAACUAAAGCGAUUUCAAGCAAAUUUACUGAUGUAUACCGUAAAUGUGACAUUUACUGAAGCAUAUCUCGCUAGAUGGUAUAAUCCUUUUAGUAACUAUCAACAUAACGAUGGAUUGUUAGUUAAAACAUCCCACUUUCAACUAAUAGGUUUUGGGUGCAAGACCGCUCCAUACUUAAGUUUGGAUAACCGAGUAUUAUCAAUGAAUCUCAAACAUUGACUGGGAGUGCACUUACAUAUAAUGAGAGCCAAGAUCUUUAGGUCUGCAGAAGAACACCAUAGUGUCAGACCACUUUAGUCCAUUUCUUAUAAACCACAAUCCUCAUCUACUGCUACCAUUGAUUUUUCAUCUCAACGUGGAUCUGAUUAGAUUCACAUGUCAUAAAUAUUUACUAGGAUUCCAGGAAAUGCAUGGCAGUCACCAAUUGAAGCAAGAUGAUAAUCCAGACAACUUUUGCUGUAGCUCUCUUAGGGUUUAUGCCAGUCCCAAGCCCGAACAAUGGAGAAGGGUUGGACAUGGAAUCAACAACCCCACUACAUAGAAAACAACCUUGCUAAAAGCACACUAACCAGAAUGAACAGUUUAAGCCAUUUGAGAUCUUCCCUGGGAGUUGGAGGAUCUUCAUUCAGAAGGAUUAUGACGCCUCAUGGUGAGAGUCGAGAUUCUUUGGAAGUAACGAGGCCGAUGCCCCUUCUAACAACCAGAGCAACAGCUAAGAUCGGUACAUGAAAUGUCUGGACAAUAUGGGAGACCGAUAGGAUCAAUCAAAUAGCUACGGAAAUCAGGAGAUACAACUUGGAGGUGCUCGGAAUCAGUGAAACGCAUUCGAUCCAAGCUCGACAGGAAGGAUUAGAUUCGCGAGAGAUGCUGUUGUACUUUGAUCAUGAAGAAGAAAACGCUCCACACACUCAGGAAGUUGCUGAGAUGCUGUCCAAUGAAGCAUGGAAAACACUUAUAGGAUGUGAAUCUCGUGGAUCCAGAAUCAUCAAAGCAUCCUUCAAAACAAAGGAGAUCACAAAGAGUCCUAUCCAAUGUCAUGCACUCACCAACUAUAUCAAUGAAGAUGAUAAAGGCCAGUUUUACGAAAGGACGCAAUCGGUUGUAGUGAAGUGUACAGGAACGGACUUGACCAUCCUGACGGGAGACCUAAACUCCAAGGUUGGAAUGAACAACGCCAGGUGAGAAGAUAUCAUCGGGCGACAUGGACUGGGAGAAAAGAAUGACAAUCGCGAGAGAUCUGCAGAUUCACAUGCAUUCAACAAAAUGGUUAUGGGUGGUAGUGUAUUCCUCUCCCCCACAAACGCGUACACAAAGCCACAUGGGUCUCACUGGAUCACAUUACAGAGAACGAGAUCGGCUAUAUUUGCAUCACUAAGAUACAUUCAGAAGGUCAAUGGAAGACGUGAGAACGAAGAAACAGAUAACCACCUGAUUGUCAAGAGGAAAGUGAAUGUAGACAGAUAAAGUUUUCCAUAUAGGUAACAUUAAGUACUGAACGACUUAUUUAGCCAAUGGAUAUAUAAACCUUGUCUUUUAGAAACUACCUUGCCGAUGAACUAUAUCAGUGUCGUCGUCUUUUCGUAUUUAUGAUUUUUAGUUCGAAAGGUUCAAUAAGGUACAGGAAAGUUAAUUUGUCCUAGUUUCAAACUCCUCACCAAGUUUUACAACAGUUACCAUACUUUUAAUUCAUUGAGUCAUAAUCUUUGUGUAUUCAUUAAUAUACACUGCGAAAAUGUUUCGGAUGUGGGUGACGCCGUUGUCAUACAAUCUCUUGUAUUUCAGUCGAUGGUCGUUCGUGAAUAAAAUUAUCAUGCUGAAGAUCUUCUAGCAACAGAGAUAGAGAGAUGUACUAUAGAAUUGGCUAUUGAAAGUGAUGAAUGAGUAUAAUUGGUGGUAUUGAUUGUCUGCACAUGAUGUUAUUAUGAUGAGACAUGAAGAGGAGAUUACAAAACACGUGAAGUGAUUUUCGUAGGAAUCAGUUUGGUUAUCCCUCAUUUGUAGAUGUUAAAAGUUUGAUUUAUGGUAUUUUCAUAUUAUCUGAGUUGUAGGCUUUUACUAACUCCCACUAACCGUUGUGAUAUUUCUCACCUCAAUACGUUCCAGUUAAUUAGCCAUAAAUCUGUUAUUUGUUGCAAAUUUCCAGUGUGUAUAUCUUUGCAGGUUUAUUGUUUUUGAUUUUCUGUAGUCUAGCAUUUUAUGUUUUGUCACGUGAGUUCUUGACUUCGAAUAACAAGGUGUUUGGGUGAUCUUUCUGGUAUUCUGAUUAAUGAAUUGUGUGAAUACUGUUUGAGUCUAUCAGUCGUUAGCGCUCACAGUAACUUCGUCGGUGGAAUCAGUGUUAUUAGCCUAGGUGGGAAUAUCAACAAAUAUCUGUGUGGAAACUGAUCAAUCUAUGAUUUUGAUGUGUAGGCCGUUGAGGUACUUAUGGUUUACUGCAGAGUUUGAUAAGAAUAUGUCCAAGGCUGGUUACGAAUGAGACUUAAAGGUUUUGAACAAGCUGUAUAAAUGGAUGGUUUUCGAUCAAACCUACUUUGAACCCAGUUUUGAAUGACAAUGGUUGUGAAGGUCUAGUCUUAUCACAUUAAUACUUGAGUAGAUAAGUUUAGUUUUGUUACCUGACCUCAGCAUUGAGCAAAUGUUGGAACAGAGACUGUUGAUAACUGUGUUGACGUCAUUUAUUUUUUAUGUCAUAAUCACAUCUCAGACAAUAAUCGGCGUUUGUGUCUAAGGCAGUAUAUGAGACUGUUUUUCGAAGCCUAAAAUGUUUACAAAAUGUAUGAUUCAUCUCACUGAUAUUAACAUCGAACCGGGCAAAUUUGGAAAAAACGACAGUAUUGCGGAAAAUCUGGAAAUUUCAGUUACUGAGUUGGAAACUAUGGUUUACCGAAUGUUCACUUUCCACUCAUGAUUUUCAAAUGUAACAAUAGUUAUUAUUAAAAAAAUAAGCGAAAGUCAUGUGGUAUAACUAUGAUAUUUGUGGGAAUGUUUAAUAAAUAAGCUGAAAAAUAUUUCUAUGCAUGUGAUUGUUAAAAUCAAGACGACAACAGAUUAUGACUAAUAUAACU